AUGGGUUCGACGGGCGACAGCAGCGAUGAGUUUGACAUCAUUAUUGUCGGGGCAGGCACGUCUGGCUGUGUCUUGGUGAAUCGACUGUCUGAGGACCCUAAUGUCUCCAUCCUCCUGGUUGAAGCUGGAGAAGAUCAAUCUGCCGACGAGAAUGUCUACACUCCCGGCUUGUGCACCGCACUGCUUGGAAACGACCAGUAUGACUGGCGCUAUACUUCUGAGAUCGAACCCGGCAUCAAUGGCAGACAGAUUCUCCAUCCUCGAGGCAAGAUCAUAGGCGGCACGAGUUCCAUCAACUCUUUCGCUCUGAUUUACCCAUCGGCGGCCGGUAUGGAUGCUUGGGCCGAGUUGGGAAAUAAAGGAUGGGAUUGGAAGAGUAUCCAGCCGUACUUCAAGAAGUUCCAGACGAUUUAUCCGCCUACACCGGAAGUGAAGAAGGACCUGCAUGUUGCACACAACGAUGAGACAAUAGCUGCCUCGCAUGGUCCGCUGAAAGCUGCCUUUCCUCCCACGGUCAGACCACUUCAGAAGGCUUGGGUGGACACGUUCCGCACCCUGGGCUUGGAGAAUCGCAGUGAUCCUCUUGAGGGCCAUGCGCUGGGAGGUCAUACGUCGACGUGUCAUAUCAGCGGUGAUAAAUACGAGCGAAGUCACGCGGGCGUCGCGUUUUUCAAUCCUGUGCGUGAGAGGAAGAAUGUACACCUUGUGACGGGUGCUCUCGUUCGGAAAGUCGAGCUGGAGAAGCAGCAAGAUGGCGUUUUGACCGCGACGGGCGUAUUGUACUCCAAAAACGGCGCUGAGUUCCAAGUCAAAGCCAAGAAAGAAGUCAUCCUCGCAAGCGGUGUGUUUAACACGCCUCAGCUCUUGGAGUUGUCCGGCAUUGGAAACCCAGAGCUACUGCAGAAACACGGCAUCGAAGUCAAGCACGCGAACGUCAACGUCGGCGAGAACCUGCAAGACCACAUCAAGGCGGCCAUAUCCUUCGAAGAGAUCGAUGGCUAUGAGCCGGGUGCUAGUGUGUCGUCGAGCGAGAUGAGGGCGUCGUACGAGAAAGAUCGCACAGGGCCUUGGACGUGGACGGCCCACAGCUUCGCCUACAUGCCACUGCCCCCGUUCCUUGAUGCGGCUGGCAAGGAAGAGCUCUCGAAGGUGGUCGAGCAACACCCUCCCAGCUCUGGCUCUAGCUUUGCAAAAGCCCAGCACGACUUCAUCUGCAAGACGACACUCUCCCCAGACCAGGGCACAUCGACAGCCUUUCAAUCGCGGAGGCCCGUGGUUCCCGUCAAAGAGGGCAAUUAUAUCACGCUCUCCUGCAUGCUGUCCUACCCCCUUUCCACAGGCUCCUCACACAUCCAGUCCAGCGACCCGACCACCAAACCCACGAUCCACUUCAACUACUACAACCACCCCCUGGACCUCGAAUUCCACGCCCGCCACGUUCAAUCCCUCGCCAAACUCGCUCAAACACAGCCCCUCGCCUCGUUCCUCAAACCAGGCGGAAAGACUCUACCAGCCAACCUCGACCCGACGAACAUCGAUGACGCCAAGGAAAUAUGUAAGGGGUUCUCCACGACGAACUAUCACCCCUGCGGCACGGCGGCUAUGUUGCCGGAGGCUAUGGGUGGCGUUGUGGAUGAGAGAUUGCGGGUGUAUGGGAUAGGGAAUUUGAGAGUUGUGGAUGCUAGUGUUGUGCCAAUUGAGCCAAGGGGCAAUAUCAUCACGACGGUUUAUGCGGUUGCUGAGAAGGCGGCAGAUUUGAUCAAGAAGGAUUUGGGGCUAAAGACAUCGGGUUGA